UGACGAAGUUAAAGAAAAGAAAAGCGUAAAAGCAGACGCUUACUUUUCAGGAGUGAACCGUUUUGGACUUCGCUGUAAGAAUAGAAAACAUUUUUUGAAAGCUACAGAACUUUAAGGAUCUUAUGUAAACCACUUUUCCCCUCUUUUUUACUCGAGUUUUAAAGAAAACAUGGUGACUUUUUGGGUUUUGUGUCUUGCUGCUGUGAUAUCAGCACAACAUCAGGGGGACGACGGACUAAUGGUCCCGCCGCAUGGGUUUUGCCAGCAGAUUUCGAUACCUCUAUGCACAGAUAUCGCCUACAACCAAACAAUCAUGCCCAAUCUCAUGGGGAACCACAACCAGGAUGAUGCGGGGCUCGAGGUCCACCAGUUCUACCCGCUCGUGAAGGUACAGUGCUCGCCGGAGUUGAAGUUCUUCCUGUGCUCCAUGUAUGCGCCUGUCUGCACCGUUUUGGAGAAGCCCAUUCCCCCGUGCAGGCCCAUCUGUGAGAAAGCCCGGCAGGGCUGCGAGGCUCUCAUGAACAAGUUUGGCUUUCAGUGGCCAGAGAAGCUGCGCUGCGAGAACUUCCCUCUGCUGGGAGAUGGGCAGAUCUGCGUGGGUCAGAACGAGUCCUCCAGCCCCACCGUGCCCCCUCCACUGCCACCAGCCCCAGGGACUCAGGAGGUCCUCAGGAUCCCCACACACGAGAGGCCGUUCACCUGUCCUUCUGUUCUCAGGGUCCCCCCAUACUUGAAUUAUCAUUUUUUGGACGAGAAGGACUGUGGAGCUCCAUGUGAAUCACCCAGGAAUGGUGGGAACAUGUUUUUCAGCGACAAGGAGAUCCACUUUGCCCGAAUGUGGGUUCUGAUCUGGUCUGUACUUUGCUGCACAUCGACUUUUUUCACCGUAACCACCUAUUUAAUCGACAUGCAGCGCUUCCGAUACCCGGAGCGGCCGAUCAUCUUUUUGUCCGGCUGCUACACGAUGGUCUCUAUUGCUUACAUAGCGGGCCACUUCCUGGGAGACAAGGUGGCGUGCAAUGACAGCUUCAGCCCCGAUGGAUAUAAGACUAUCGUUCAAGGCACCAAAAAGGAAGGCUGCACCAUCCUCUUCAUGAUGCUCUACUUCUUCAGCAUGGCCAGCUCCAUCUGGUGGGUCAUCCUGUCCCUCACCUGGUUCCUGGCUGCAGGGAUGAAAUGGGGCCAUGAGGCCAUUGAGGCCAACUCUCAGUAUUUUCACUUGGCGGCGUGGGCCGUGCCGGCCGUGAAGACCAUCAGCAUCCUGGCCAUGGGGCAGAUUGAAGGCGACGUGCUCAGCGGCGUCUGCUUCGUGAGUCUCAGCAACUUGGAUCCGCUGAGAGGGUUCGUGUUGGCGCCGCUCUUCAUCUACCUGUUCAUCGGUACCUCUUUCUUGCUGGCUGGCUUCGUUUCGCUGUUCAGGAUCCGCACCAUCAUGAAACACGAUGGCACCAAGACGGAGAAGCUGGAGCAGCUGAUGGUGCGGAUCGGAGUGUUCAGCGUGCUCUACACCGUUCCGGCCACCAUCGUCAUCGCCUGCUUCUUCUACGAGCAAGCUUUCCGGCCGCACUGGGAGCGGAGCUGGGUCAGCCGGAACUGCCGGAGUCUGGCCAUUCCCUGUCCGACUCAGAGCAGACCGCACAUGACCCCGGACUUCACCGUCUACAUGAUCAAAUACCUCAUGACGCUGAUAGUCGGCAUCACAUCUGGUUUCUGGAUCUGGUCUGGGAAGACGCUGCACUCCUGGCGCAAGUUCUACACACGGCUGACGAGUGGCAAGCACGGAGAAACCACCGUGUAGAACAAUUUCAUCUGACUGUUUGAUGGGUUUCCUGUCUGCUGUGUAAAAAUAUGAAAGCAGAACAAAAACUUUCCAAUGAUAUUUGUGAUAUUUGGACUUAAAACACAGAAAAUCUGACCAAAAAUGAGUUUAGAGAAGCAAAACCAAAACUCCAGCUGACAACUAAAGUUGUUUUUUAGACUUUUCAGGAACCAAAAAACAUGUAAAUAGCACUUGUAAAUCUGUACAUUUUUUGUAUUUAAAAUUAAACAUCUCAUAUCUGAAAA